AUGUCAUCCACCAACAAUAUCGCCUUCACCGCUCCGAUCAACCCACCAGGCGCGACACCCGUUCUCACGCCCGAACAAAUUUGGAACGGUCUCCUCCUCAAGAUCCGCUCUGCUGAGACAUUCGUUGCUGGAGCAAUCCAAUCUACCAAAGUCAUAAGUGACUCUGUCGAUCCAUCGACCGGGAACCCUGUCACCGUUCGCGAGGUCCUAUUCCGCGAAACCCAGAAAACAGUACGAGAAACCGUGACGGCAUUUGAGCCUUGCCGAGUGGACUUCGGGCAGGUGGAUGGGAGCAAGAUCAGUAACGUGAUCAGCCAAGGAGCUGGCGGCGAGCUCUAUAUGACAUAUAUCUUUGAGUGGCGGCACCCCGAUGCAUCAAAGGAAGAGCUGGCAGCGCUGUUCGAGAAAGAGAAGAAGAUGAGCCAGAUGGCCGUUGAGGGGACAAUCAAGGCGUUGAGAAAAUUGGUGGAGGAGAAGAAACUGUGA